UAACACACAAUUAAUAUUCAAUUUCAUCAUAAUUUAAAUAUUCAACAAGAUUAUCAUUAUCUAAAAAGUGCCGUUCCGUGGUGGAAAACAAUCUUUAUGUUAGCAAUGGCCAAGAUGUCCGCGCCCACUCGCUGUGAGACUGGCGUCAUUUCCUGUACAUAAUAAAUGGCAUUCAAGGAGAAGAAACGCUGCUUCUUGUCUCACAACAAUCCCGAGGGCUUUGGCUCUACAGCAUUUAUCUUAUUUUAGCUUACUGCUCAGAUUUGAAGUCACGUUAUGAGCAUUCGUUCACAGUUCACACUGCAGCAAGUGCAGUUAUUUUGAACAGAUCGUCAUGGAUUCCCCAAGAAAUUUGGACAUUCUGGUCAACAGUGUGAAUAUUGAGCCAGCUGAAGAAAAAGAUGGGGACUUCAAAUCUUUGUCUUAUACUACAGAAAAUAAAUCCGUGAAUGAACCAGUCAUCCCGUGUUUAAGACAGGAAGCACCAAACAGUAAUAUUUCUAAAGGAGAUGUUCUGUCAAAUGGAGCUGGAACUUUAAAAGAUAUUCAGCUAAAUUUGCAAACAUCUUUAGAAAAUGGCAAAACAGACCACUCUCAGGAGGAACAAUUCAAGUCAUUUGGAGAUAAACAAACUUGUGCAGGUCAUGAAAGAGUUCACACUGGUGAGAAACCAUUUAAAUGCAAGUACUGUGAUAAGGCAUACACUCUGAGAGGUACAUGCUUACACCAUGAAAAAACCCAUGCUGCAGAUAAGCCAUUUAAAUGUCAACACUGUGAGAAAUCAUUUGUAGAGAAGAGUCAUCUCCUCACUCAUGAAAGGUUUCACACUGGCAAAAGACCCUACAAAUGUCAGGAUUGUGAAAAGUCUUUUACCCUCAAAAGUCAUCUAACCCGUCAUGUACUAAUUCACACUGGAGAGAAACCAUUCAGCUGUCAAUACUGUGAUAAGUGUUUUAAUAUAAAAAACAGCUGUGUACAACAUGAAAGAACUCACACUGGAGAGAAACCGUACAAGUGCAAGUAUUGUGAAAAGACAUUUGCAGUCAGAGGCAAAUGUUCACUGCAUGAAAAGAUUCACACUGGAGAGAAGCCAUACAAAUGCCAGUACUGUGCUAAGAUGUUUAUAGAAAAAACUGAUUGUCUGAGACAUGAAAGAAUUCACACUGGAGAGAAACCAUAUAAAUGCAAAUACUGUGAAAAAACUUUUCGCCUAAAAAGCCAAAUAACACAACAUGAAAAAACCCACACUGGGGAAAAACCAUUCAAAUGUCAGUAUUGUGAGAAAAGGUUUUCUUGGAAAGACAGCUGUACCAAACACGAGUUACUUCACACGACAAGAGAAACUUACAAAUGCCAGUAUUGUGAAAAGAUAUUUUUCAAAAAAAGGGAUUACAUUGUUCAUGAAGGUACAGUUCAUUCUCACAGUUUCUUUUUACAAGACUCCACAGCCAACUCUGAAGAUGGUCAUAUGCUAACAAAAACAGAUUCAGAAAUUGGCUCAGUUGAAGAAAACAACAAGAUGCUUGAGACAUUGGCAGCAAGUGUAAAAGCUGGACCUUACCAUUGCCAGUUCUGUGAUAAGAUCUUUCAUCGGAUAUCAAGGUUUAGAAGCCAUGAGAGAACUCACACCGGAGAAAAACCGUUCAAGUGCAUAUACUGCGAUAAGGCAUUUUCGUGGAGGGAAAGCCGCAUCAAACAUGAAAAACGCCACUCUAAGAGGGAAACCCACCAAUGUCAGUAUUGUGAGAAGACUUUCUUGAAAAGGCAGGAACGUAUCCAUCAUGAAAGUAUGGUACACUACCAAAGUUUUCUUAUACGCCACAACACUGAAAGUGUCAGACAUAUUCCAACUCAGAACUUGAAUGUUCAGCUAGUCGAGCAAAACUUGGAAAGUAGCACAACUAUGACUUCAAGUGUAAAUCACAAGCCACCUGAUUGUUUGGACAAAACUUUAAAACUAGAUACAGCAAACAAAAACACCAUGGUCAAAGAAUCUGAUGUACAAGAUGAUGCUGGAACUUUGACAGACACCAACUCUAAUCACCAUCCACAUUCUAGUCAACUCAGUGAAUCAGAGAGUGCCAAGGAUGAUUGUGAAAGCAUUUUGGCAACAGCUGUUAAAGUCGAGCCAGUGGAUUAUGAAUAUGAGACUGCCGAAACUGAGGAUGCCAGUGACAAUGUUAAUCCAGUGCAGCAAAACCUAGAGGAUGAGUUGACCAUGAACACCAGUAUGAAAACUGAACCUGUGAAUUUCAACCCUACUUCAAAGCUGAAAAUAUCUACCCAAAGUGCCACGAAAGAAACUGUCCUACAAAAUGGAGCAGGGACUCUUGCAGAUAUUCGCUUGAGUUACCAGAUGCCUUCCUACCAAAUCUGUGGAGGAAAUAACACCCAACAGGACAUGGUGAAAUGUCAGAGCUGCGGUCAGAUAUAUCUCCAUGAUGGCAGUGAUGUAUCUGGUGCAGGUACACAUACUGAAGAGAAAUCAUAUAAGUGCCAAUAUUGUAAAAUUACACUGCCUCAGCAAAAUACACAUAUGCUGUCUUCUUCUAAUACAUCGGAUUGUGGACGUAAUGAUAAUAUUGGCAGUGCUGACUUAGGCAAAACAGUUUCUUCUGAUACUUGUAGGAGCACUUUAAAUGCUAGUGAACCUGAGAAAAGUUUCUUCAAAUGUCAGCACUGCGUAAAGACAUUUACCAGUAAAAAGAGCUGUGUACAGCAUGAAAAAGUUCACACUGAAGAGAGACCAUUCAAAUGUUGGUACUGUGAUAAGGCCUUCCCUACCAAACCCCGCUGUGUUGAACAUGAAAGAAUUCACACCGGAGAGAAACCAUUCAAGUGUCGCCACUGUGACAUGACGUUUACUCUCAAUGGCAACUGCUUGCAGCAUGAAAGAACUCACACCAGAAUCAGGUCAUUCAAAUGUCAGUACUGUGAUAAGGCAUUCUUUGAGAAAGCCACCCGCAGGAAACAUGAGAAACUGCACACUGCUGAGAGACCAUUUAAAUGCCAGUUUUGUCAGAAAGGGUUUUUAACUCAAAAUAUUUGUUCUCGACAUGAAUUGAUUCACACUGAAAGGGAUAAACAAAAAUGUCAAUUUUGCGACAAAGCGUUCCUCAGGAAAGAAGAUUGUUUGCGCCAUGAAGAAAUUGUACACAAAGGUUCUAUGACUGAAGAGAGACCAUACAAAUGCCAGUAUUGCGAUCUAGCUUUUGUCCGCAAAAACAACUGUGUUGUCCAUGAACGAACUCACACUGGUGAAAGACCAUUCAAAUGUCAGUACUGUGACAAGGCAUUUAACAUUAAAAAAACGUGCACAAACCAUGAAAGAAUUCAUACUGGUGAAAGACCAUUCAAAUGUCAGUAUUGUGACUUUGCAUUUGCCCAGAAACAUGACGCUGUAGUUCAUGAACGAACUCACACUGGGGAAAGACCAUACAAAUGUCAGCACUGUGACAAGGCUUUUGCUGUCAGUCAUACUUUAAAGAAGCACAUACGUUGUCGCCAUAGUGAUCAUGUCAAAAAUUCAUAAAAGCAUCCCAGAAAAAAUUCAUAUCACAUUACAACACUGUCUGAGACAUGCUGUAAGAGAUAAUAAUUACCGGUGAUCCAAGAGACGAUUUUUUAAUAUGCUUAUCACUUUCUUAAACAGUCAUAAGUAAGAUAAGUUGUUUAAAUUGUUUCUGUCGGUAACUGUUUUAUAAAUCAUUGUGUAUACUUGGACCAUAUAUGAAGAACAGCGCGGACAACCAUAGAUACAUGUAGCAUAACAUCUUGGGUUAGUGAAGGUAUUUGCAUUCAGUAGAUAAUAUGCCAAAGCUAUGAAUUUCUGUAUUAAUUCCUCAAAUCAUAAAGGAUCUUUAUGCGGUAUUUCAACAUUUUAAUUAUACUUUUCUGUUUCGAAAAGUAAGUUUACAUUACAUUUUAUUGUAAUUUUGGCAAAGUUCAUUACAUGUUACAUAAACUCAGUUGAUAUAUUUAAA